CUUUUAUUUAAGAAAAUGUCACCACCUUCGCCAUUAGCUGCAAAGAUUGCAGGAUCUAUUCUGCCUGUUGUAGUUUAUGGCUUAUUGAGUUAUACUUGGUAUGUUUACAUAUUCCGUGUUUGUGCGUAUCUAUUACUGAACAAACCCCCUGAUCACUCAGUAGAAGCAGUCAUAUUUAUCGUUAUAGCCAGUAUACUUUGGUUCAUGGCAAUCAUAAGUUAUACCCGAGUAUUAUUCACUUCACCAGGGAAACCUGUCAAUGCACGCACACCUCUUCUCAGCACGGAAUCAAACCAGGGCGCGUUGGCCCCUACCGGCUUACCUCGCUAUUAUUACUCACCAAAAUUGUUUAAUUGGACCACCAUGACCAGCCGAUAUGUAGAUCCGCAGGACAAAAUAGAUGUAAUGCCUAUUAUAUCAGUGAGUAAACAAGAUGGACAACCCAAAUAUUGCAAUCUGUGUGAAUGUUUUAAGCCAGAUAGGGCUCAUCACUGUAAAGAGUGUAACGCCUGUGUAAUUAAAAUGGACCAUCAUUGCCCUUGGGUAAGUGGAUGUGUAGGAUUUGCAAACUACAAAUUUUUUUUCCUGUUUGUGUUCUAUACGGGGUGUUAUGGAUUAUGGGUUUUUGUUAGUGCCUUGCCUUUAGUCAUUACAGGAAUCAAGGAUAUGAAUGCCCCACUAGACCCUCACUGGAUCGCAUUAAUCAUCAUAGCUUUUAUAUUUGGAAUGACAGUGGUUGGAUUUGCGGGAGUUCAUGCAGCUUAUAUCCUUCGAAACGAAACCACCAUCGAGCAUUUAGCCGAUAGACCCAAUGAAAUCAGAGUAGACUUUGACAUGUCCGGACAAAAUUAUGAAGUUGUAUCAGUCUCGGUAUACGAUAAUUUAUGGGAACGUAAAAAGGGCGAAAAUUGGAGACAAGUCAUGGGCAACAGUCCGUGGGGUUGGUUCUUGCCUAUAAAGCGUGGAUUAGGUGAUGGGGCCGUUUUCCCGUACAACGAUGCAAUGUUUUCGGAAAUAGUUGAUAGAGCUCGUAAACAGCGAGAAAAUAUGGAUAUACGUGCUUACGAAAUACAACCAUUAGCAACAAAUACUUCGUACGAACAAGAAAGACUUUCCUCUAUUGAAAGUACAGCCCACAUGACUUGAUGAGCUUUGAUUUCUCACUAUUAUUGUAACAUUACUAACAUUGACAAUGAUACCAUAUUACACCAUAUACUACUGUAAAUAAAACUACCCCUUAUAUAAUUUUA